UUCAAUACGUGAAAGAUGAAGGGAAUAAUAUGGUCGUCGACCCGCCGCCAUCUUGUGGAGAGGGUAGAGUCUGAGGUGGCGGCGAUGAGUGUCGGCAUUUACUUCUGUGGCAGCAUCAGAGGCGGGCGGCAGGAUGUGGAGAUAUACUCCCGAAUCAUCGGCCAGCUGAAGAGAUUCGGGAAAGUUUUCAGCGAGCACGUCGGCCACCCGGAGCUGAAUGCGAAAGGGGAGGGUAGAAUGGAAGCUGAAGAUAAAUGCAUCCAUGAUAGAGAUUUGGAAUGGCUGCAGGAGGCUGAUGUCAUGGUGGCAGAGGUCACUCAACCAUCAUUGGGUGUUGGUUAUGAAAUUGGAAGAGCUGUAGCCAUGAAUAAGAAGAUUCUGUGCCUGUUCCGACCGUCAUCAAAGUAUGUUCUCUCCGCAAUGAUUCGAGGAGCAGCGAAUGGAUCAAACAUCCAUGUGAAGGAUUACUCAGAGGAGAAAGUGGAAACAAUUCUACAACAAUAUUUUGAACAACAACUAUAGGCAUAAAAAUCACUGCUUACCCAAUUAUAAAAAGGGCAUAAUGUUAAUUGUUGGUGUUAUGUACCCGCAUACACAGUACUUCUUCCAAUUAAAAUACAA